ACAACCACACGGUAUUAUCAAAAGAGUCGUAAGCAUUUUCUCUAAGUGUUGGGAUAACAAUGGGUAACGCAAAUCGGCAAUUAACAACAGUUAGCACUAAACACAUCUCUAUUUAAAUCACUCUCCUCUUUCUUCUUUUGGCACCACCAAAUAACCAUUCCGGCAAAAACAAGAAAGUUAACUAAAAAGUGUCAUUAUGACAUUGACAGUAUCGGAAGAAAAGAACAUUCCUACAAAGACUCAGGUCUUGAUCUUUCCAUUUCCGGCGCAAGGCCACCUGAUUCCCCUCCUCGACUUCACCCACCGCCUAGCUCUCCGUGGCGGCGCCGCCUUAACCAUAACAGUCUUAGUCACCCCAAAGAACCUCCCUUUCCUCUCUCCUCUUCUCUCCGCAGGAGUUAACAUCGAAACACUUAUCCUCCCUUUUCCUUCUCACCCUUCGAUCCCUCCCGGCGUCGAAAACGUCCAAGACUUACCUCCUUCCGCCUUCCCUUCAAUGAUCCACGCGCUUGGUGAUCUCCACGCGCCGCUUCUCUCUUGGAUUGCUUCUCAUCCUUCUCCUCCUGUAGCCAUCGUCUCUGAUUUCUUCCUUGGCUGGACCCAAAACCUCGGAAUCCCUCGUUUCGAAUUCUCUCCCUCCGCUGCUAUCACUUGCUGCAUCCUCAAUACGUUGUGGGUCGAUAUGCCCACCAAGAAACAUGAAGAUGACGAGAUCCUCGAGUUUCCCAAGAUCCCGAAUUGUCCGAAAUACCCUUGGUCUCACGUCUCUUCGAUUUACAGAAGUUACGUUCACGGAGAUCCAACUUGGGAAUUCGUGAGAGACUCGUUUAGAGACAACGUGGCGAGUUGGGGACUCGUCGUCAACUCUUUCACCGCCAUGGAAGGUGUUUAUCUCGAGUAUCUUAAGCGAGAGAUGGGCCAUGAUCGUGUAUGGGCCGUAGGACCAAUUCUUCCAGUAUCCGGUGAUAAUCGCGGUGGGCCGAACUCAGUUUCUGUCGAUCACGUGAUGUCGUGGCUAGACGCACGUGAGGAUGACCACGUGGUGUACGUGUGCUUCGGAAGUCAAGCUGUUUUGACCAAGGAGCAGACUCUUGCGCUCGCUUCUGGGCUCGAGAAAAGCGGCGUCCAUUUCGUAUGGGCCGUAAAGGAGCCCGUCGAGGAAGAUUCGUCACGUGGGAACAUCCUAGACGGCUUUGACGAUCGUGUGGCUGGGAGGGGUCUGGUGAUCAGAGGAUGGGCUCCACAAGUAGCUGUGCUACGUCACCGAGCAGUGGGAGCGUUUCUAACGCACUGCGGUUGGAACUCCGUGAUGGAGGCGGUCGUCGCGGGCGUUUUGAUGCUGACGUGGCCGAUGAGAGCAGACCAGUACACAGACGCGUCUCUGGUGGUCGACCAGCUGAGAGUGGGCGUGCGUGCUUGCGAAGGACCAGAUACCGUGCCUGACCCAGACGCGUUAGCUAGAGUUUUCGCUGAUGCUGUGACUGGAAAGCAAACGGAGAGGAUCAAAGCGGUGGAGCUGAGGAAAGCAGCGUUGGAUGCGGUCCAAGAACAUGGGAGCUCUGUUAAAGAUUUAGAUGGGUUUAUCAAACACGUCGUUAGUUUAGGACUAAACAAAUGAUUUAGUCAAUAAAAAAAAAUUAGUAUGGUCUAUUUUUUCUCUUUAAUGUUUCUCACACGACUGUAUUAAAUUGUUGUAUUGUGGAAUUUAUGAUAAUUUCGAUU